AUGUCCAAGACUCCCGUGCGAGGCAGAUUGAGAAGCGGGGCAGCCUCGAGCGCCAAGAGGAAGCGAGGCGACGAGAGCUCUGACAUUUCGAGCGACAAGGGCGACAGGAGCAUGUCUGCCAACGAUACUGCCGAAUCUGUCGAAGCUAGCGAGGAAGAUGUCGAUGAUGACGACGAGGUCAUCAUACGGACACGACCUUCUCUGAGAAAGAAGAACAAGAAGAGGAAAGUAUCCAAGAAGGCAGCCAAAUCGAGGUCGUCCAAACGCGCCGCCGAGGAAGAAUCCGACAAUGACAGAAGUUCUAGCUCCCCUGAGCCCGAGAAGGGCUUGAAAGUUGAGAGGCAUGCUAAAUUUUUCAGGCGGGCGGAAAAGGAACUCGAGGAGGAGAGGAAGAGACUGAACGCGGAGAAUCCGAAGUUCACAGUGUCACUCAUCCUGAGCGACAGCUCCACGGAGGGUGAUGGUUAUCCGUCCAGCAUUGACUUGCCAGGCAAGAAGGGCGAUGCCUUCAAAGAGGGCAGGAAUAGGGCAGGAAGACGCGUGGCGCGAGCCAUGAACAAGUCUGUGCUGAAUCGAGUUCGGGACCACCCACCUGGAACAGCCGAGGAAUUCGAGAGCCUGAUUCCAAGUCCUCAGUACGAUGAUGAAUACUGGACGGAGGAACGGCAGAGGGAGCUUGAAAAACGGCUCGAUGACGACAAAGACUUCAAAAAACAGCUAAACAUCAGCGAAUGUGUCGUCGGCAUUUGGAAGACGGUAUUCCGCUUCACUGGGCGACUGGCCACAGACAUCGUCGGGCCCAGAACUGGCCUAGAAUUCAAAGAAUUGGCUUCUAUCAUCGAGAAACAUCAGGAUGGCACCAAGACGGCCUCCCAGCUACGGGAGGCGGCAGCGUACGUGUACAUGAAAGCUCGUGGGAGAACUGCUGGACCACCAGUUUGGUCUCAAUUCCUCUCACAGAUAGAGGCCAAGGCUCUGCAGCACAGCGAAGGUGCCAGCGGCGGAGGCGCCAGCGGCGGAGGCGCCAGCGGCGGAGGCGACGUUCGGGGGGGUCCUUAUUUCGUCAACACUACUGACCUCUACGUCGUCCGGAGCGCACUCGACAGACUGAAGCACCUCAGCUUGCGCCAGUUCGCCGACUCUCGUCAGGUAGUGGACGCAGUCAUGCCAACCAUGUCCAAAGAUGAUGUUCCGAGCACCGAGCUCACCCAGAGGGCCAUCAAGGCUGUCCUACUGUAUAAAGAGAGGAACAACGAGCGCUUGAGACUCCAUGGUCCUCCCGAGGUGUUGCCAAGCCCAAUCCUGGAUCUUAAGCCUCCAUCAUAG